CCUCGGUGACUCUCCUCAAGGACACUCAUACACACACAGGUUCCUUACACCCUGAUGAGGCUUCUGGUCGCGGUGGUGCUGGCGGCGGCGGCGGCGUCGUGCCAGGGCCGCCCCGACGACAUAAUCAUCCACUCCGGCCCCUCCUUCAGCGCUCCGAUCCACCACGCCCCUCCGCCAGCCACCAGAAAGCCCCGCACCUCCACCUACGCCCCUUCCACCCCCUCCACCCCCACCAAAGCGCCCCGCCACCCCCGCCCCGCCAUACGCAUUGAAUCAGAGCCCAGCCUCACUAACGCCCUCUACCAUGAGGUGAACGUACAAUAUGAGGAACCGAGGGAAGAUUACGCAACGCCUCUUUCUCCCUACCCACCUCCUCCACCUCCUUCCCUCUACGCAGGUCAUCUUCUCCGCUCUCACCCUCCUCCUCCUCCUCCUCCUCCUCCUCCUCCUCCUCCUCCUCCUCCAUUUAAAAGACGGAGAAGGCCAAGAUACAGACGAUUCCGCACUGUGUAUCCUCCUCCUCCACCUCCCCAUGCACCUCCUCCCCCUCCCCAUGCACCUCCUCCACCUCCCCAUGCACCUCCUCCUCCACAUCCCCCUCCUCCUCCACCUCCUCCCCCGCCUCCGCCUCGGCCACUCCCGCACCAUCCUCCCCCCCACCCGGAAGCUUACCUGGCCCCUGAACACGACUACGACUACGACUACGAGUACGAGGAGCCAAUCCCGUACGGCUUUGGCUACGACGUGAAGGACGAGUACACGGGCGCGAACUUCGGGCACCGGGAGACCAGCGACGGCCACGUGACAGAGGGCGUCUACUACGUGCCCCUCCCCGACGGCCGCGUGCAGAAGGUGUCCUACUACGUGAGCGGCGACUCCGGCUUCGUGGCUCAGGUGUCCUACGAAGGGGAGGCCCAGUAUCCUGCCUACUACCCUGAGCCUCAUGCAGGAUAUCUUCAGCCGGAGGACCCUUACGCGCCGCCCCCCCAUCCUUUGCCUUCUGUGGCCCCCUAUCAUCCUCCUCCGCAUCCUUCUCUUCCUCCUCCUCGUCCUUCUCAUCCUCCUCCUCUUCCUCCUCCUCCCCCGACUGCAUACCAUCCGUCCCUUGCGUAUUUCUAGAUGUGUUGAGUGUGUGUUUGUUAGUUUGUGUGUUUGUGUGUGAGUGUGUGUGUGUCGUUCCCGCCCCCCAACCACAUCCCUGCCAUAUCCCCCUUCCCCUACCGCAGGCAUCCCUUCCCCGAGCCCCUCCCCUACACAAACCCCCUGCCAAACCACCCUUCCCCUACCCACAUCCCUCCCGCAUCAUCCCAUCCCAAACCACACCCAUGCCACACACACCCCUAUACCCUUCCAUUCCCCAUUCACCUCCUGCCCCCAUCCCUGUUAUACCACGCAAACCUCCACCUUUGUUAAACCAUUCAGUCCCCAUUCCCAUGCCACAUAACCCCUAAACAUGCCCCUGUUAAACCAUAAGCACUCAUUCCCCUGCCACACAGACCCUAUAUACAUACCCUGGCUGUACCAUUCAUCUCUAUACACACCCUUGUUAUAGUCACUCAGCAUCCAUACCCUUCCAUAAGCAUUCCAACCCUCACCCUUAUAUAUCUUGUUAUUGAGGAUACCACCAUUUAUAAGGCUAAUGAAAAUAUGUAUAACUGUGGGCAGGCUAUCAAGUAACACACAAGUCAUCAGCAACAUACAACACAGCCACCACCCUCACACCCAGUCCCUUACCCCUACACAACACCCUGUCACAUUCCCCUUCCUCCACCCCUGCCUUGGAGCCCCCACUAGCCCUCACCCAUAACACAGCGCCCCCCACCCACCCCUUGCCGGCCAGUCCCUCUGCUUCUAGUCACCCUAACCUCCCCCCCGGCCCUCAAAGCGACAGCCUGUCCGCCCCCUGUCAACUCUCCUGUCAAAUGUCUACUGGUUUCUCAAUGUGUCUCAAUUUACUCGUCCACCAGCGUGUGUCUUUCCGUCCAUUAUGUUGUUUCUUCUGAUCUGACACGUAAGCCCCGCCCACCCUCACCCAGCGUCCACCAAUCACAGGCCAGCUCUUCCAAACAGUAGCCAAUCACAUAUGUCCAAAGCGGGAAAGAAGGGGAAAGUUUUUAUCCAUGAACUUAACAAAUGAUGAGCUUAGGAAAGGGAGAGACGGGGAAAGAGGAGCAGUAUGUGAAACUAGCUGAUGGUGUGUGUGGAAAAAGAGGGAAAAGAGGAAGUAAUUAUUAUGGCGGCCUAGUGUUGGAAUAGAAGGGAGAGAUAGUGAAAAAGGAGCAGCGAGUAGCGGGCUUUUUUUAUUAUUGUUUCCUUUUUUUGUGCCCUUAAGCUGUCUCCUUUGUUGUAAAAAAAAAACAUCAGCGGAAAAUAGAUAAGAGAGGCGUAACUUAUCAUGGUGAGUUGACAGCAUAAAGUAACGUGAACAUCUAGCGAAAAUGCAAGACAUCCACUACUCUGUUAUACUGGUUAAAUCAAACACUUGACACGCAUGACAGGGAAAAGUGUGGCGCCCUUAUGAUUAAUGACAAACACUGCAAUUUAUGAGACAAGGAGGGACGUGGUUCUUAAUACACCUAGAAGUAUACAUAAGACGGAAAAAAUAAAGAGUUUUCCACUAUAAGUUAACUAAGAGACGAGACGGGUAGGAGGAGGUAGUAAGACCUUGAUUACCCAAUGACACGACUCAUGCAAGAUUGAUUCAGAGGAUUUACGUAUUAACUUUACCAGUGUAGAAUCAGAGAAGGAAAAAAAGUGGAAACAAGACGAAAACAAUGAGAAUAUAUACCUUUUAUCAUACAAAGGACAUGAAUCAGAAAGAGAAGAGGAAAUACAUAAAUACUCGCAUACCUCAAAGAAACAAUAAUUGACAGUACUGAAAAGGUUAGGUUAAAACGACUAAAUGAAUAACCAAUAAUCUAAGGCAGUACUCCAUCAAAAGAAAGUGAAAAUGGGAAAUAAUUGAUCGGUAUUCCUCCAAAGGCAUCUCACCCAUUCCCUCGACACUUGGCCCCUCCCCUCUUAUCGAACUCAUCCCCACUCAUCCCCAUCCCUGAAGUAACCCUCUCCACCCUCUCUCUUUCUGGCGAUGUUCAAUGAUGUUUCCGUGUUCUCUCUCUCUCUCUCUCUCUCUCUCUCUCUCUCUCUCUCUCUCUCUCUCUCUCUCUCUCUCUCUCUCUCUCUCUCUCUCUCUCUCUCUCUCUCUAACUUUCUCCCGACGUUACUUGCGUUAAUUCUUUUAUGGCGUAACUUUGUGGUGUUUUUUAAGGGCUACAGAGAUUUGUUAUGUUACGUUUAUUCUCUCUCUCUCUCUCUCUCUCUCUCUCUCUCUCUCUCUCUCUCUCUCUCUCUCUCUCUCUCUCUCUCUCUCUCUCUCUCUCUCUCUCUCUCUCUCUCUCUCUCUCUCUCUCUCUGUGUGUGUGUGUGUGUGUGUGUGUGUGUGUGUGUGUGUGUGUGUGUGUGUGUUUGAUUUCGCACUCUGGUCAGUGUUCCGUUUUUUUCUUGUUGUUUUUCGUCUGUUUUACUUUUUGUAGUGUUUGAUUACUUUGUUUACUUUUUUCUUAAUAAAGGAAAGUAAAGAG